UUAACCCCUCCAACAUCUCCAACAUGUCCGACCGCGCCACCAUCUCCAAGCCCCUCCACACCUGGAAGGAGUCCUCCAAGAUCGAUCCAUCCCGCAACAGCUUCCUUGACCUGCCCCUCGAGCUCCGCGAGCAGGUCUACGAAAAACUCCUCGUAGACCCCUCUGACAUAGGUGUUGCCUGGAUUCGUGUUCCCUGGUUUCGUGCGUUCCCCCCUGCCGACGGUUUCAGAGUCCUCGAACUCUGCCGCCAAACCACCGCCGAGGCAUACAACGUCUUCCUCACGCGCAACACGUUUGCACAAUGGAGUAUCAGGGGUCCCGACUUGCGGGGCAUCGCCCGCUCGCUUGGGGAAGCCGAAGAAGACCUGAAGCAAGACGAGAACACGAUCAUUGGGGUCUUGCCAUUUCAUUACGCUCUCUACAUUACGAAACUAAAACUUCGAGUCCUCUUGGACUCGAAGGAGGUGCCGGCAAACACCCGAGUGCGAGUGUCGCCGUGGGCCGGCAGGAUGAAAGAUGUGCUGCUGAAGGAGUUUCCAGCGAUGAAGAAGAUCACGUUCGUGCUCGAUCAUGUCGGGAAUGGCUGGUUUAAGGAUGCUGCUCAAUGUUGGGAUCACAGCUCCGGGAUGAGUGCUUUCGCGAUUGCUUUCCGCUCGAUUGCCGUUUACGAAGGCCUCUUGGGGACCAUGCUCGAAAUGAAAAGCAGAAGUCUGAUGAAUCUUCGGUUGCUUUGA